AUGAGCUCUGCUCUCCCACCUGGAGCUCACGUUACAAGCGACAGGCCUUGGAUAAUUGUCUCUGCUCUCAUCUUCGGCCCAACAGCUGCGUACCUCCUCUCGCCACCUGCUGCACAGAAGGCGCACGAAGCCAAGGAUGCUGCUCUUCCCAAACAUAAAAUUCCCGACCCUGCGCGUGCCCCCGUCCCUGCCGGUGAGGACACCGAGAGCACUCCUCGUAAGCCCGAGACUGACCAGGCAGUGGAGGGUAUUGCCGAUGAUGAGGGCAACAAGACUCCCGCUUCGGAGGUCGCUGAAGCAACGAACAAGGUCCGUGAGGAGGACGCUCCCAAGGUUGCUCAGUACGCCGGAGCAGAAACUUCCAAACGCGCGGAUCCCGAGACUCACGAUGCCGCGAAAACGACAGACUACGAUCCGAACGUCGCACAGCAUGCGGACACCGAGCAUAAGGAGGACUCCUCUGCACUGGAGACGUCGCACAAAGGCCCUCGUGACGUGGGCGAUGCUCGGGAGCGCUCAAAGGCUGGCAUGGACCCCAACACCUCUUCUCAGGUUGACGAGCAAGCGGGUGAGGAAGACAAGAAGGACGCGAAGCAGCAGUCCGACGAGGGCAAGGCUCCCAGCUCGGAAAAGAAGUCUGCUGAGUAG